AUUGGGCGCAGCAUCCGUCUCACAACUUGACGUGCGUAAAUUACAGCGCGGUUUUGGCUUAUUGAGCCUGCGCUAAGAGAAAAGAGGAGGUUCCUGAAGAGAGUCCUUUAUUUAUUUCUUUGUUUCCAGUGGGGAAAAAAUAAUAACAGCGACAUAUACCACGGGCACUUCAUUUAUUAUCGUUGUCCGUUUACGCAAGAAAACUGGAUAAGAUUACAGUGGGUAUUCAAAGGCCAACGCGAAGGGGAGGAGGAUGAAGCGGCGCAAUGCGGACUGCAGCAAACUCCGACGGCCGUUAAAACGGAACCGAAUCACCGAGGGUAUAUACGGCAGUACCUUCCUGUACCUGAAGUUCCUGGUGGUGUGGGCAUUGGUGCUGCUGGCAGACUUUGUGCUGGAGUUCAGGUUUGAGUACCUCUGGCCAUUCUGGCUCUUCAUCCGGAGCGUGUAUGACUCCUUCAGAUACCAGGGGCUGGCCUUCUCAGUGUUCUUCGUGUGUGUGGCAUUUACCUCGGACAUCAUAUGCCUACUCUUCAUUCCAGUGCAAUGGCUAUUCUUUGCUGCCAGUACCUAUGUGUGGGUGCAGUAUGUCUGGCACACAGAGAGAGGGGUCUGCCUGCCCACAGUGUCUCUAUGGAUACUCUUUGUGUACAUAGAGGCAGCCAUCAGAUUCAAAGACCUGAAGAACUUCCAUGUGGAUUUGUGUCGCCCUUUUGCUGCACACUGCAUUGGCUACCCAGUUGUCACGCUAGGCUUUGGCUUCAAGAGCUAUGUCAGCUAUAAGAUGCGUCUCCGGAAGCAAAAAGAGGUGCAAAAGGAGAACGAGUUCUACAUGCAGCUCCUGCAGCAGGCUCUUCCCCCAGAGCAACAGAUGCUGCAAAGGCAGGAGAGGGAGGCAGAAGAAGCAGCAGCAGCUAAAGGAUUAUCUGAGGCGGACACACCCCCAGUCUCACAGAAUGGCGCCCCAGCCAGUAAAAAGACGUCGGCACCACUGCCAGAGCUAGAAUACAGAGAAAAAGGGAAAGAGGGGCGGGGCGGUGGGGACGCUAAAAAGCAGCACAACAGCAGCAGCAUCCUGCCGUCAUCGGUGGACUCUAAACUCCAGGAGAUGGAGUAUAUGGAGAACCAUAUGAACAACAAGAGACUGACCACAGAGCUGGGCAGCACUGAGAACCUGCUGCUCAAAGAGGACAACAACUCCUCCUGCUCCUCCUCAUCCUCCUCUUCCUCCUCCAAAAACUACAAGAAUGCUACUGGCAACGCCUCAGCGGUCAACUCGUCGCCCCGUGGCCACAGCGCCACCAACGGCAGUGUGCCCUCCUCUGCACCUUCAUCCUCCUCUUCCUCAGGGAAGAAUGAGAAGAAACAGAAGUUAGCAACAGGAAAGGGGACAUCAGGUGGCUCCCAUAGGGACCCCACAGAUAACUGUAUCCCCAACAACCAGCUGAGCAAGCCAGAAGCACUUGUCAGACUGGAGCAGGACGUCAAGAAGCUGAAGGCGGACCUGCAGGCCAGCCGGCAGGUGGAGCAGGACCUGCGCAGUCAGAUCGGUUCGCUGGGCAGCGCUGAGCGCUCCAUCCGCUCUGAGCUUGGUCAGCUGCGCCAGGAGAACGAGCUGCUGCAGAACAAGCUUCAUAAUGCUGUGCAGGCAAAGCAGAAGGACAAACAGGCGGUGGGCCAGCUGGAGAAGAGGCUCAAGGCAGAGCAGGACGCGCGCGCCACCGCCGAGAAGCAGCUUGCAGACGAAAAGAAACGCAAGAAGCUAGAGGAAGCCACAGCAGCCAGAGCAGUAGCACUGGCAGCAGCAUCCAGAGGGGAAUGCACAGACACACUGAGGAGGCGUAUCACUGAGUUAGAGACGGAGUGUAAGAAACUAACUAUGGACAUUAAGCUCAAAGAAGACCAGAUCCGAGAGCUUGAAAUGAAAGUGCAGGAGCUGCAUAAAUAUAAAGAGAAUGAAAAGGACACAGAGGUGCUGAUGUCAGCGCUGUCGGCCAUGCAAGAUAAGACCCAGCACCUGGAGAACAGCCUGAGCGCAGAGACCAGGAUCAAACUGGACCUUUUCUCAGCGCUGGGAGAUGCCAAGAGGCAGCUGGAGAUCGCACAAGGUCAGAUCCUGCAGAAAGACCAGGAAAUAAAAGACCUGAAGCAGAAGAUAGCUGAGGUGAUGGCCGUCAUGCCCAGCAUCUCCUACACAGCCGACACCAGCAGCAUGACCCCCGUGGCCCCCCACUACUCCUCCAAGUUCAUGGACGCCAAUGCCUCCGGCCUGGAUCCUAACGCCUCUGUCUACCAGCCCCUCAAAAAGUGAACGCUUUCUUCCUCUUCCUGCUCCUUCCCUCCAUCCAUCCUCCCAUCAGUUUUUUAAAUUCUUUUUUUUUUCUGAAGGCCCACCACCUCAGAAUCUGCUCGGCAUGUCUGCAGCUGAGAACUUUGUUUUUCUUGGGUUUUUUGUUUUCUCCUCUUGCCAGGUCAGAAGGAUGUUGUAUUGUGUGACUGUAUUUGUUGUAGUUAAAACAAAAGACAAAAAAAACCUUAACGGACAUCACAUGUCAACUAGGAAAUCCCAGUUUUUUUCUCUUGUAAGUGUCUAGUGAAACCUCACAGAAUCGGGCAUGUUAUCUUUAUCUCAAGGGUGUUCUUAUUGCUCUCCCUUUCCCAACGCCACUUCAAUCACCUUCAACCAGUUACCUGCUCUUUGGCCUUGGGGAAUAGCUGAUAUUUUUUCUCUUUUUUUUUUCCACCCUAAAAUUGGAAUACAGAGCUUUCCUUUAUCUCCCAGAAGAUCUUACAGAUAAGAAUUUGUUCAUUUUCUUUUCCCAAGGUAGGAUGUUAACAUCUGUACAACCAGUGGAAUGUAGUGCAAAGUUGGCACAGACUCUCGCCCUGUUAUACUUUAAGUAUUUAUUUAUUUUUUUUUAAUCCAUAAUUGGACACCAAAUUAAACUGACUCUCAACUGAUCUUGGGUUUUGCAGUAAAUGGGUUGUUAUGCAUUUUUUUAAAGUUUUUUGUGUGGUUCUCUUUAUAUUCACUCUUCAGAUGCAAGUGUUGAUUUCAUUAUGGCAAGCUGGAAGAGAUCUUGCGGUGUUAGCAGAAGCAUAGAUGCGUUUCAAUUUUGCAAAGAUGUCGACGUGAAUAAACCCAAACGGCAGUAAAUGUUGAGCAUCAGUAACAAAAGUGGUUUGGUUUCCCCCACCUAAUGUCUUGUCCAAAAGAGUUUUUGAGAUGCAGAGAGGGCAGGAUUCUGCGUAAUUUUUCACCAGUAGUCAUGAUCACAGUGCCUUGAGUCAGGACGUAAUUAGUGGUUUUGAUGAGGAGAUACGGCCCAGUCCCCCUGAAUUGGUUGUGAAGCAUCUGGCCAAUGUGGAAAGGAUAUGACUUGGCAGCACCCUGUGGAGUGGGACCAAGUUGCCUUUAGACACUGAUUUGGUUUUUAGUUUGAAUCCUAACUGAUUUCCCCACUGGUGGGGAUCCCUUGUCAGCACUGGAGGAGAACUUCUUCCUUGCUGCCAGUCACAUUUCCUAGCCCUGAUUAAAAAGAUAAGUUGGACAGCAGCAGCAGCAUAUUCAAGACAUGGUCAUUUCUGUCCUUUCCAGCCUUGUCACACUCCGACUACCAAAUUGCAUCUUGCCAGUAUGUUGACAUGAUGUAAGCCACCACAGAGUCUACUGCACACAGGUUACCAGAUCUCCGCAUGGCCCCUCCCCUGCAGCCCACAGAGGCACAUCUCACUGCUGUCAACCCUCAGCCCCUUGGUUCAGCUGCUGCCUCCACUUUUGUUUUCAAUUUCUGACUUUAAAUUGCACUGUAGAAAACAGACGAUGUUUUGAAAGGGAAAAACUGUAAAGAUGGACUCCGAUUGUGCAAUGUAUACAAGAAACAAAGCUUUGGAAAUGCCAAAUGAGAGAGAGAGAGAGAGGGAGUAAUUGCUCAAUUUAAUAUUGCGGUUAAAAUGACUAUAUUAUUUAAUGAAUACUCAACUUCAGUUCAUGUGCCAAGAAAGGAAUUUUUGUUCCUCUAGUAAUGUGUGUUCUCCAAGAAUGUACUGCAAAUACAUUGGCUCACUUGUUUGUCAAAUGUCCUCUUGAAUAUCACUUAAUUGAAAUUUUUGUCAAGCAGGUAGAGAAAUUGGUUCACCUGUUUGUAGUAGACUGUUUACGUAGUUCAAAGUAAGGGACUAGGAAAUUACAAUUUUUUUGUGAAUGUUACAGUAUUUGGAACUGUCUGGGAAAUGGGUCUUCAAAGCAGUCAGUUUUCCUUACUCCUCUUUCUGGUAUUAUUGUUAUUUCCUCCAGGGAGAAACCGCUUGAGUCUGACGUGGUUUUGCCGUCAUUCGAAAUGGUCAUUGUUGUGUGUUUUGGUUUUCACCUACUGUAUAUGGAGAAGCUUUUUUUGCUCAGAUUGCUAUGUCAUUGGCUCCUGAAAAUGUUGUGACAAUUACAGUUUAGUCAGUUGGGUGGUCAACUGAUGUCGAAAGUAUAGAAAAGUGUUUUUGUUUGUUUUUUGUUUUCUAUGCCCACAGUCACCGCUCUGUUUCUCCCCAGGUCUGACCUUGGCUGCGCUCUCGCUCUGUGAGGUUUACAAAGAAUAAACUUUUUUUUUUCUUGCAAACAGUG